AUGGCAGCAUUACCUAAAAGAAUCAUUAAAGAAACUGAAAGAUUAGUCAGUGAUCCUGUCCCUGGGAUAAUUGCUACUCCAUCGGAAGACAAUCUUCGAUAUUUUGAAGUAACAAUAAUUGGUCCUAAUCAAUCACCUUAUGCAAAGGGGAAAUUCAAAUUAGAAUUAUAUUUACCUGAUGAUUAUCCCAUGUGUGCCCCAAAAGUUCGAUUUUUGACAAAAAUUUAUCAUCCAAAUAUUGAUAAAUUGGGGAGAAUUUGUUUGGAUGUGUUGAAAGAUAACUGGUCACCAGCAUUACAAAUUAGAACGAUAUUGUUAAGUAUUCAAGCAUUAUUGGGUGCUCCAAACCCCGAUGAUCCAUUGGCUAAUGAUGUGGCACAAGAUUGGAAACUGGACGAAAAGAAAGCUAUUGAAGUUGCUAAAGAAUGGACAGCAAAAUAUGCCAUUGAUGAAACAGAAAAGGAAAAUAAUGAUAAAGAUGCAUCUGCCAAUAAGGAACUGAACCAAUAA